AUGAUUAAGAAAAACACAUCUCCUUCAGUGUUGUUUAGACCAAGCCGCAUGCCGCUAGGCAAGUUAGUAUUAAAGCAGGUUGUUGGAUUUGUUGGCAGUGAAUUGAUUUGCUCGUCAACUGCUGCUAACCGUGUCACGAUCAGUCAUCUUGCAAAGCAAGCUAUCGAUACGCUUCGUCCCAUCAGACUUGUAUUAGAUGUGGUGCAGACACAUAUAUUAGCGAAUAAAGAGGAGCUUGUUUAUGCGCUUAAAGCAAACAUGGACGAAACAGUCGCUUAUAAGUACUUGACAGAUUGCAAAUAUGGCAUUCUCGAAAGCCACCUCGAGCUACGCUGA